AUGAGAUUCUUGUGGAUAUUGCUUCUACUGACGAUGGUAGAUGGAGAACGAAUCGUAGAAUCUGACAACAAGUAUGUAAUAAGCUACACCUUCCUUUACUCAAUUCUAUUGCAAGGAUGCAGUAGGGGGGGAUUUAUAUUGAUGGGCCUUUUCAUUUGGCGAAGCUAUGUUAUCAUUUGGAUACUAUAAAAGACCACGUCAAUGAAUAAAUCAAUUCAAGAGUUUAAUUUGUUUGAACGCAAAGAUAUAUGACCCAUUAUACCACGGUUGGGUAUUAGCUGAGACGGAACUGGUAAAACCAUAAAAAAAGUGAUACUUGUUCACUCGCUAUUUGUUCACACAGAAUAUUCUCCUGUCUCCUUGAUUGUCCACCGAGCUUCAAAACUAUUGACAAGAUUGAAUGUAAGUUCCUUUUGAGAAACAACGGUAAACAAGACUAUUCAGUGCUGAAAUGGCGCACACCGCUGGAUGGACUGAGAUCAGAUUGCCUGACAGUAAAUACCAAUGGCAAGAAGCUACGAUACGAUGGUGUCUACAUGAAGCGCUCUGCCCCAGGCCCUGACCAAUACUUGCUCGUCAAACCCGGACAAACAGUGUCGUCCACCUUUGACAUUUCAGAUGCGUACGACAUGACCAAAGCCGGCCUGUACUCUAUGGUAGUGGACACUUAUUUAGAAUAUGUUAUGGGUAGUGUAAUUAAAAAAGCCAGUUAUCCAAUCUAA